AUGACGAAGAGGAUAAGCGAUCUUCCACCGAAACUGGUAGGGGAGAAGAUACUGAGCAAGGUUCCGAUAACAUCUCUGAGAGAAGUGCGAUCCACUUGCAAAUCAUGGGAAGCUUUAUCCAAAGACUGGAUUGUAGGUAAAGAAGCAGCAGCAAGACAGCAGUAUUUGGGGUUCAUGACGAUGGAUUCCGAGGUUUGUUCAGUGAGAUUCCAUCUCCGCCGCAAGGAGGAAGAAGAAGAAGACUUGGUUGAUCUAUCUAUAAAGCAGGUAGCAUUACUUGACCAAGUCGAGAUAUCCAAAGCAGAGCCGUUCUUUCACUGCGACGGCUUAUUGUUAUGCGUGGCCAAGGACAACUCGAGGCUUGUGGUGUGGAACCCUUCUCUGGGACAAACAAGGUGGAUCAGACCGAGAACAAGUUUCCACAGACUAGACAGGUAUGCUCUUGGAUACGACAUGCACAACCGUAACCACAAAGUCUUGAGGUUUUUGGAUUAUUACCAUUACAAAGAGCGAAAACACCUUUUCGGGUUCGAAAUCUACGACCUUGGCUCUAAUUCAUGGAGGGUUAUUGACGUCAGACCCGACUGGGAGGUAGAUUCUCAUCAACGAGGCGUGUCUUUGAAGGGAAAUAUUUAUUUUUUCGCUCAUGAGAAAAUAGGUGUCGACUUUUUCGCUCCACUGCCACAAGGAACUCUUGUACAAGACACUGAACAUUUUCAAGACAUCACUGAAGAUUUUCAAGAUUUCUUGCUAUGUUUUGACUUUACAACAGAGAGAUUUGGUCAGCGUCUGCCUCUCCCUUUUCACUCUUAUAACGAAGAGACUGUGACACUCUCGUGUGUUAGAGAUGAACAGCUCGCGGUGCUAAAUCAGAAGGACGAGGAUAGAUUUGACAUAUUGGAGAUUUGGGUUACGACUAGGAUUGAGCCCAACGCUGUGUCUUGGAGCAAGUUUUUGAGCGUGGAUAUGAGACAACUCCCUGGUGUUGUUGGUACACUUAUGUUUUACUGUGAAAAUGGGAGCUUCUUCAUUGACGAGCAAGAGAAAGUCGCUGUUGUUUUCGAUGUAGACGAAAACGAACCCACCACCGAGACUGCCCGUUACCACACGGCUUUCAUCUUCGGAGACAAGGGCUACUUCAAAUCUGUUAGACUCGGAGAAGCUCUCAAUGUCGGUUGUUAUCCUGAUCGUUUGGGAUAUAUCCCGCCAGUGUAUCAACCCGCACUUGUGUGCCCUUCUUCUUAUCUCCCAAGCUUAGUGCAACUCAACCAUACGCCCAAAAGGAAAGAAAGAGAUGAUUUUAGUUUUAGAAUGGCUCAAAUUCCAGUUGUGUACGGUGAGUGGAAGUUUAAGGAGAAUUCAUGGCAUUUUGUUGUUGACAUGGGCAAAGGUGGAAGAAUGUGGUUUUUGAACGAUGGUUGCACCUUUGGGCAGCUUACUGAAAUGGCGCGAGAUGAUUAUAACUUGGGCAAGAAGACUGGGAUCAUCGAGUUAACCUACGCACUACCAGUCUCAAUGUUGCAAAAUAUGGCUCCAGAUACACCUCCAAUGCAUGUCACCAAUGAUAGACAAGUUUCAAGCUUGAUUGCGUUAAGCAGAGUACAUUUGUUACGCCUUUGUGUGUCCUGUCGAGUGGAGAUGGAUACUGAGGAGAACCAGGAACGAUCAGAUGAAGAGUUUGGUGAAGAUGUUGAGGAAAAUUCAGAACAUUCAACCGAUGAUGAGGCAGACAGUUCUGAUGUGAACGACGAUGGAGAAGAUGUCGACGAUGCAGCUUACUCUGACGGAGAAGAUUACAGUGUCUACGGAAAAGUGAAAGAUGAAGAUGAUGAUGAAGAUGAAGUCUGUAUUGAAAAGGUCAGAACCCGAUAUGGUGAAACAGGGAGCACACCCAUGUCAUGGUCUGAUAAUAUAUAUGUUGGGGCAAGUUUCCCUACAAAAGAGAAGCUGUUAUCAGAGGGUUUCAAUGAAGCAUAUGUUAGCAUCAGGAUGGAUUACACUACCUCUUACAGAUCUUUGAUAUAUGCCCAACAAUUGGUCAGAGGAACAGCUGAAGAUGGAUAUGCGAGUCUACCAGCUUACCUACAUUCAGUGAACAAAGCCAAUCCGGGAACUGUAUCAGCUCUUCAUGUAGAUUCGAAUAACAAAUUCAAAUAUCUAUUUCUCGCAUUUGGAGCAUCGAUUGCUGGUUUUCAGUAUAUGAGAAGAGUUAUUGUGGUUGAUGGCUGUCAUCUAACAGGGAAAUACGAGGAUGGUUAUCCUUUGGUGAUAGUUUCUGACAGACAUAUUUCUAUUAAGAAAGCUUGUGAAACUAUUUUCCCAUGGGAAAAACGAGGGAUCUGCUACUACCAUCUACAACAUAACAUAGUAACAAAGUUUAGGGGGAAGCAGCUGUUGUACUUGGUUAAACGUGUGGCUUAUGCUUACAACCUCUAUGACUACAACCGGUACAUGGCGGAGCUGAGACAGAUCAAGCCUGACCUUGCUGACUAUUUGGAAGAAGCCGAUGUCUCUCUUUGGUCCCGAGUUCAUUUUGUUGGAGACAGAUACAAUAUUAAGACUAGCAAUGUUGCAUAG